GCCGCAGGGUCCUGACGCCCCGUCAGACCGUCGCUCUCUGUGUGUGAGCGUGUCUGUGUCUCUCUCUGUCUGUCUGUCUGUGUCUCUCUCUCUGUGUCUCCCUGUGUGUGUCUGUGUCUUUCUAUCUCCUCCACCCCCCGCAUUGCAGACGCGGACACAACUUGCAAACUUCACUCCGACUCCUGGAUGACGGAACUGACGGCCGCGGGUGUCCGGGACAAGUUGCUCAAAGAGUUAAAGGCGGAGCAUGUGGAAGUGGAGGACAUCACCGCACAGAAAUGUUCGACCAGUUUCAAGGUGCUGGUCGUGGCGGAAGUGUUCGGCUCAAAGGCUCUGCUCCAGAGACACAGGAUGGUGAACGAGGUUCUGAAGGAGGAGAUGAAGUCGAUCCACGCACUGGAGCUGAAGACAUUCACCCUGGAGCAGUGGAGGGGAGCGGCUCAUGGUCCUGAGGUCAAGAGCUGAACCCCAACUCGCACGUCCUCCUCCAACCCCUCGAGUUCCC